CAGUGGUUUCUGUGUGUGUGUGUGUGUGCCAAGCUAUUUAGCAUAGGCCUCAACGCGAACAAGAAGACGCCGCAUGGUGACGCAUACGCUUCCUAACAAUUUACAACAAAUCGUCAGUAUUUGAAAUGUACUGGAGUAACAAAUAGCAAAUCGCCACAUUAAUGCAAAAAAUACCGUACGUAAAUACAAAAGAUAAUGGCGGGCAUGUAUCGGUCCACAUCUCUAAAUAGUUCAAAUGAUGUACGCAGUCCAAUGCGUAAAAGAUUCUCAGUCUGCACCGGAGCUGGUGCUACCUUCUGCACAAGUCCUGGUGGUCUGCAUGACGUAACAAUGGAAAGCUCAUAUAAUAGUUUCGAUGCAGCACGUGCACCAGUUGGUGGCAAUCACUCGCCACUGGUGCUGCAGGGACGUUCGGUGCGUGAGCUGGAGGAGCAAAUGUCGACGCUGCGCAAUGAGAACUUCAAUCUAAAGCUGCGCAUCUACUUCAUGGAGGAGAAUCAACAUGGUGGUGCGCGUGAAAAGAAUGCGGGCGAUGCCAUGGCCAAGCAGCUGAUUGAUGCCAAAGUUGAGGUCGAAGUGCUGCGCAAGCGCAUCACAGAGAAGACUGAGCUGCUCAAAGAUGCGGCACAUGCCAUAACACUGCACGAGGAGGCGCAAAAGAAGUCGGAUGCCGAAAGUCAGGCAAUGCUUGAGCAUAUGCAGCAGUAUAUUCAAACGCUGGAGGCACGACUAGAGAACACAACGCAGCAGCAGACGGCUGAACAGUCGAGGCCUAUGCAGACAGAUAUUUUAAGGCUGGAGGAAGCGCUGAGUGCGGCGGAGAGGCAAUCAAGCGAGUUCCAGGCACAGCAAUCGUUGCUGCAGAAAGCGCUUAACGAGAGCCAAGAAUCGCUGCAGAACUGUGAGGCUAAGAUUACGGAGCUUGCCAUCAAGAAUUCCGAGCUGGUUGAGCAAAUGUCGCAGCUGGCAGAGCUGGAGAAGGUGGCCAAUCAAACGAUUAAGAACCAAAAGCUAGAGCUGCAUGCCUGCUUAAAGGAAAAUAAAUCCAUUUUGUACAACAUCAGCGCUGUCGAGCUUGAGUUGUUGCAACAGCAGCGUUGGAUGAACGAUGCGGCAAGCGUGUUGCAUAGACAUGGCAAGACCCUGAACCUAAUGGAACUUGGUCCACAGCUGCGAGCUCAGUUGGCCGACACUGCGUGCGAGCUGCAGGAUACGCAGGAGAAGCUAACGGAGUCUGAGCGUGUGCGUGAGCAAGCUUGCCGCACCAUACAGAAGCUAAUGCACAAGAUAAGCAGCCUGGAGAACGAACUAAAACUGGCCAAACAACAGCAAGCCAAACAGUUGAACGCCAAUGACAAGCCAAUAAAAGCAGCUCAUUCACAAAGCGAUACGGAGCUGUGUCCGGAGGGCGGCAUGUCGGCUGGCCUAAAGCAGCGCUAUGAGCAGCAACUUGCCGACCAGGCGGAGCUCAUCACGCAGCUGCAAUCGGAAGUGAACAAACAAACAUCCAAUCUGCAGCAGCUGGUCAACAAUGAGCUAUGGGAGAAGAAUCGCGAAGUGGAGAGACUCACCAAGCUUGUCAGCAGUCAGCCAGCAGCCGAAACAACUGCUGAUGACUCUGCGGGCGAGAAAUCCUUCACCGAAGCGGACUACACAAAGGCGUUAAAGCGCAGUCAAUUGCUGCAGCGCAAGGUGGACGUGUUGCUGCAUCGUCUGGCGGACGUGCAGCAGCAUAGUUCGCUGACUGAGCAUCUGCGUCAGGAGCUGCAGGCAACGCAGGCGGACAUGGAAAGUGCCAAUAAGUGGCGCAUUGAAUGCGCUGAGGUAUGCAGUGUGCUAACCAAUCGACUGGACGAGCUGGCAGGUUUUCUCAAUUCGCUGCUUAAGCACAAGGAUGUGUUGGGCGUAUUGGCGGCGGAUCGCUGUCGCGCCAUGCGACGUGCCAUUGAUCGCAGCUUGGACUUGUCCAAGAGUCUCAACAUGACGCUCUCCAUCACGGGCACAACGCUGGCUGAUCAAAGUCUAGCGCAGCUGAGCAAGCUCUCGGAGCUGUUGUACACAGAGGCGGAUAAUUGUGAUCGCACAUACAACUCGCAUGAGGAGAAUCAAUCGGCUGUGAAAACGGAAGGCAAGGUACUUAAGUCGGAUGCACAGCCGCGCAAGGAGCGACGUUCGCUGAUCGUGCCUGUGGACAAUCAAAGCGAAUCAGAGGCUUGGUCUGAGCCAGAUCGCAAGGUGUCGCUGGCGCGCAUUGGACUGGAAGACACCUCCAGCAGUUUGGUCGGCGAGCAGCAGCACAGUGAAUCCGACAGCGAGGAACAGGCAUGCUCGGCUAAUACCGCUAAGCAGGAGCGCAGUCGUCAAAGCGAGCGCAUUACACAACUGGAGGCGCUGAUUGCGCAGCGUGAUGAACGCUUGCUGCAAGUGCAGUGCCAGCUUGUGGAUGCAGAUAAUCGUCUGAAGCAGGAGCAGCUGCGCGUCUUAGAGUUAACUCAACAGUUGGAGCAAGUGCGUGCACAAAAUGAGGCGCUCGUAGCGGAUCUGCGUGCAAUUGGCACGCAGGAAGAACAGGAGAUGGUGGAAUUGCAGCAACAGUUGCAGUCAAAGGCAGAAGCGCUGCAGCAGCAGCAAACAGCAUAUAAGACACUCUAUGCCGAUGCCAAGGUAACGGAGCUGCAGCUGGAAGAGGCACAGCAGAUGCUCAAAAACAUGGAGGCGGAGCACAUGGCAAGUCUGGAGCAUGCGCGCGCUGAGCUAGCGCAAGCCAAGCUAACAGCUUCAGAAGCGCUGGAGCAGCAGGCGCAGCAGCAACAGGAAGAUUUAGCACGUGAUUGGGUAGCCGUGGAUCGCUUUAAGCAAAUCAGCAGUCAGCUGCUCGAACUACAACGCACAUCGGAGUGCCAACAAGAAACUGAGCGCGAGCUGAAGCAAACGCUGGUGGAAAGCGAAUUGGCCACUCGUGCGCUUAAAAAGGAACUGCAUGAAAGUACGCUGCAGGCUUCCAAGGCUAUAAUGGAGCGCACCAAGGCCUAUAACGAUAAGCUGCAGCUGGAGAAACGCUUGGAUGAGCUUAAACUGCAGUUGACUCAACUGCAGCAGGAUGAGCAGCGUCAACAGUCGCAGUCACAAUCGGGCUAUACCUCUGAGGAAGUACCAAAUGCCAAUGCACCCAAUGCUUGCUCCACAGCUGUCGCACGCGUUGACAAUCCGUCGCCAGACUUGGGCAUUGAAAGCGAUGUGGGACGCGUUGUCAGCGUGGAAUUGUCCAACGCACAGCGCACACAGCUUAAGACAGUAGAAUUAAAGGCUGCCGACUCGCAGCAAUUAAUCAUAAAUGAGGAUACAGCGCUCUCUGAUGAGGCGGCUGCACCCGAGACUACGGCUGCGAUGGCAACUGGUGCUGCAACGCCCGCAACUCAUGAUUGUGCCAAGGUAGAUCAAGAAGUGGCCGAAUUACGGCGCAAACUAAUACGCACCAAGCGCGCAUUUGAAGACACAUAUGAGAAAUUACGUAUUGUUAACCUUGCUAAAGCACAAGUUGAAAGAGACAUCAAAAAUCAAAUACUCAAAACGCACAAUGUUCUGCGCAAUGUGCGCUCAAAUAUGGAGAAUGUCUUAUAACACAACACAAGAUGAUCCAUUAGCAUCCUUUCUUCUACCAGCAACAUCAACGAAAUUCAAACACACAUAUUUCAUUUAUCAAACACAAAAUUUACUUAUUUUCUUUGGCUUUUGUUUUUCUAAUACUAACGAUUAAUGUUCCUUUUUGUACAUGUUUCGAGUUAAAAUUACGUUAGUAGCCAAUGUUAAUAACAAACAAAUGCUGCUUGCAUUUUCUUAAGACUGUAAAAUAAAAAUAUAUCAUGUAAACAAUGCAAGUUCGUUCUCGCACAACUCUAAUGUAUACAUAUAUGUAUAUUGACUAAACCAACUCCUACUACUACUACUACUUAACUGGUCCAAAAGCCAUACAAAUUCGUUCAUAUUGAAUGACUUAAGCGUUAAUAGCCCCUAACUAACCACCUUAAAAUGUAAAAACUAUUUAUGUACAUACGAAUGCAUGUAAACAAACUGCUUUAGCAUUAACUAAACACUGAUUACCUGGAAGUCCUCUUGCCAUAUCAACAUAAUUUACUGUAUACAAAUUUGCAGUCGAAAAAUGCUUGAAAACUACUUAAUAAUUUGCUUGAAUACUUCUUUUUAUUUCACACACAAUGG